ACAAUUGUUCUUUGAUUGUCUUGCUAUUAGCAAGGCUGCAUGAGUAACAUUAGAAGACAUAUGAUCGCGAAUGUAAGACGUUUACACAUAAUAAAUAGUUAUUUCCAACUUUCAAAUAUGGUUAGUAACUACAAGAAACUGCCCAAAAAGUAUAUUAAAGAGUACCAUGGAUAUAUUUUAGGUGUAAUACAGUCGUAAAAACGUGGUAAUAAGAACUAAUAGGCAAAGUUAUUUUGUAAGUUCAUGUAUUCGAAAUUAAGAAAUCAUUGCCUGUAUAUGUAUUGUAAGUUACACCGAUGACGUCAGGGGAGUUAUAUACUAACUAUGUAUAGUCUCAUGAUGGAUGUUUGUUUGAAAGGCUGGUUGAAAGUUAACCUAUCGCUGUUAGCACACGGCUAAGUCCAGUCGUUAGCGAGUAACUUUAAACAGCACAGCAGCUAACAGCAAGAAUAGCACUUGCAGGUUGGAUAAUACGCUCAUUCGCCUUGAUAAGCCACAUGUGGCUAAGUUACUUAAUUUACAUGUGUAAUUUGUGUUUAUUUGGUUUAUCCAUGUCACCACUAAAUUCUACGUGAGUGCCGUUGUAAGAUAUUAGCUGCACAUUUAGCCUUGUUUUUUUCCACUCGCUUUCGCUGCCCGAUGACCGGAUCACACGACAAACUCCUGCAGGUGCUGUUUGGAUUUGAACUGUGACUGAGACUCCAUCCGGCCCAAACGACACGUCCGCUGCUCCCCUCCCCAACCUCCCACUCUCCUGACCCUCUCUGAAACACAGCUCUCACCAUGAAUGAAGUUAAUGUAGUCAAAGAGGGCUGGCUCCAGAAAAGAGGUGAGUACAUUAAAACAUGGAGGGCCCGGUAUUUCAUCCUGAAGAGUGACGGCUCCUUCAUCGGCAACAAGGAGAAGCCUGAUCUUAACGACCAGACUUCACCACCUCUCAACAACUUCUCUGUGGCAGAAUGCCAGCUAAUGAAGACAGAAAGACCCCGGCCCAACACCUUUGUCAUCCGUUGCCUUCAGUGGACCACUGUUAUUGAACGUACCUUUCACGUGGACAGCAAUGAGGAAAGAGAAGAGUGGAUGCGCGCUAUCCAGUCGGUGGCUAACAGUCUGAAGAUGCGAGAACAGGAGGACGAAGAACCAAUGGAUGUGUUUGGUUCACCCAGUGAAAGCAGCUUGGAGGAAAUGGAGGUGGCCAUGUCCAAGAGUCGCAACAAAGUGACAAUGAGCGACUUUGAGUACCUGAAGCUGCUGGGUAAGGGCACAUUUGGAAAGGUGAUUCUUGUCAAAGAGAAGUCCACUGGAGUUCAUUAUGCCAUGAAAAUACUGCGCAAAGAGGUCAUUAUUGCCAAGGAUGAGGUGGCUCACACAGUAACAGAGAGCAGAGUUUUACAAAACACGCGACACCCCUUCCUCACGACACUCAAGUACGCUUUCCAAACCAAUGACCGGCUCUGUUUUGUAAUGGAGUAUGCCAACGGAGGCGAGCUUUUCUUCCAUCUGUCACGGGAGCGGGUUUUCACAGAAGACCGGGCACGCUUCUACGGGGCGGAGAUUGUGUCGGCUCUGGAGUACCUGCAUUCACGAGACGUCGUUUACCGGGAUCUGAAGCUGGAAAAUCUGAUGUUGGACAAAGACGGUCACAUCAAGAUCACCGACUUUGGCCUUUGUAAGGAGGGCAUCACUCCUGACGCAACCAUGAAAACCUUCUGUGGAACUCCUGAAUACCUGGCACCUGAGGUCCUAGAAGACAAUGACUACGGCCGUUCAGUAGACUGGUGGGGUCUGGGUGUGGUCAUGUAUGAGAUGAUGUGUGGACGUCUGCCCUUCUACAACCAAGACCAUGAGCGCUUGUUUGAGCUCAUCCUCAUGGAGGAGAUCCGUUUCCCUAGGAACCUGUCGCCUGAGGCCAAGUCCCUGCUGGCUGGCCUGCUGAAGAAAGACCCCAAACAGAGGUUAGGCGGAGGACCCAAUGAUGCCAAAGAAGUAAUGAGUCACAAGUUUUUCGUCGACAUCAUCUGGCAGGAUGUGGUACAGAAGAAGCUCACCCCACUCUUCAGACCACAAGUGACAUCGGAGACAGACACCCGGUACUUUGAUGAAGAGUUCACGGCGCAGACCAUCACGCUCACUCCUCCAGAUAAAUAUACCAGUCUGGACUGUGAGGAUCCCACGCAGCAAGCACAUUUCCCCCAGUUCUCUUACUCUGCCAGCAUUAGAGAGUGACAGCAUUUCUGACAUCACACACACACACACACAUACACACAUACACUCACACACACUUUCACUCACAAACACAGACAUACACACAGAAACGCAUACAAAGACACGAGAAGCCUUGGCCACACCCCCCAACAGCUAUAAAAGGGCCUGAACUCUGGCUCCUACAGCAUGGAAGUGCCUCAGCUGGUGGCCACAUCACUGUGUAUCAAUCCCUUUCUCAACCACAGCAUAGACAACGCCUGGCCACUCUGGCUGCACUGUAUCAAACUGGACUUCAGUACCUCAUGUAGUCAUCAGCACAACUCAACCACACACCCGGGACUCUGUGUGUAGCGCCUUCAGACAGCCUACAGACGCCUGCUGCUGCUUUACCGGACUGUAAACAUCAUCCAUCGUGAAAAUCUCCGGUUUGACGAGAAGCCACGCGGUGAUGAUUCUUCCAAGUGCACUUCUUCAAAACAAGCGCCUACCACCGCUAAUAAGUCGUGAAGAAGCAUGUCGGUUUGUUUGCAGAUUUUCCUCUAUGGUGUGUUUGAGUGUGUGUGUGUGUGAAAUGUUUUCCUCUGUUUGUUUGUUUGUGUUUUCUCCUCUUUGUUUUUCAGAAAAAGGGGGGGGGCAGGACAUCAGAUCCAAACAGUGUGUGUGUGUGUUUAAUAUGACGCUUGUCUGACGUAAAUCAGGAACAAUGGAUGAACGAAAAACUAUGCGAUCAAAGUGUCUUCACGGAGAAAAGCUUGCGCAGAGUGAAGUGCGACGGGUGGCCGAAACAUGCUGACCUUUUUUUUAAAACUGAAUGCAAUGAAAACAAAUCACUUGUUUGUCACCUCAGACUGUGAUCUUUUACACAUCUGUCCAAUGCGACACUGCAAUUAAUGGGAAUUGGGAAUACCUUAUUACACAAGGUGUAUAUGUUAUUUAAACAAGGUUUUCUUUUUAUUAAUUUUGACACACUCAAUCCUUGUCGAUCAGCAGAAUGCACAGCAGCCAUGUGAUUUAAGAGGCUCACGAAGCACUUAGUGAUUAAAAAGCAAAAAGAAAAGUUUGGAUGGCCCAUGUUCAUAUUUUAGCUGACCGCUUCCUGGAUUGAAAGUUUCUUAUUAUUACGUUUCUUUCUGAUCGGACGUUUGACCACUUUUAUUUUAAUUAACUUCACCACCUCAUCUGUUGUACAGCAUCCUAUACCUUGGCUUUUUUUUUUGCUUUUGUUUUAACGACAAAAAUGUAAUCUAUCACCAUAUCAGUCCAUUAGGGCUGCAACUAUUAUUUACUUUUAACAUUGUUUAUUCCACUGUCCAUGAACUAAAAUGAUUCUGUUUACUGUUUUCGAGUAAAGAAACUGGAACCUUAGACAUAAGUAGAAGCUAAGCAGCUUAUUUAAGCACAAAAUGUUCAUAUGUGAUGUCAUCAUCAUUUCUUGAUAUUUAAAGUUUUCUUUCCUCAUCUAUUUUUGCUCUUAUGCUUGUAGGAUAUAGAACUGUAGAUAUUUCAUGCUUGCCAUGCUGGACCUUUCUCCUGUGUCAAAGUCCACCUUCACAGAUGUCUCAAAAUAUAAUUUAACCCUUUAAGGGCUGAUCCAGUGAUAGCAGUGAGCUGUGUAUACCAUGAACAUGGUCCAUUGUAAGAUUUUUGUGUUUUAGUGCAAUGUGGACAACCUUGCGAGGUUAUUUGUUUUGUUAUCUUCCAAUUUGUUCUUAGCACCAUGAAAUGAUAAUCGAGAGGCGUGCAGACAUGCUGGGUUUUAUACUGUACAUGGAAAUGCCAGUGAGGCACCGAUGCUGGUGUCCAGCUGAGUCACUCGUGAAAGAGCAGAAAAACCUGCUCACGGAGCCUCCUACCACAGAUGCUGUUCUGAAAUUUCCGUUAUUAUUAUUAUUUUCUUUGUCUUGUUUAUCACCCUUGAGUCCUCCACUGCCCCCCUCCCAGCCCCCCGACCUUCCUCUACCCUUGUCACAAAUUAUGGAUUUUCAUAAUGAUUGACCGAAAUAAAUGUAUUUUUUUCAGUUACAUUAUUCUAUUAAACAGUUUCAUUUCUAUUUGUUUAUGAAUGUAAUUCUCAAAGACAAUGAUCCAAUACACCUUUUUACUGUCUUAAUA